AUGGCUCCAGAUAGCAACAAUUUGAGAGGCAGACCAGCUCAUACCCCUGGCACCACAGUCCUAACAUAUACACCCAAUGGUCGACAGGUAAUCACUGGCGGAUCUAACUCUGCAAUUCGAAUAUUUUCAGUUGGAGAGCAUGGCGAACCAAAGACAAUCGAUGAGGGGGUGGAAAGUCAUCUUGCAAUUGCAGCAACUAAUGACUCUCUAAUUCUGGGCUCUGAGGAUGGCACCGUAUGGCUCUAUGACCUGCGAAGAGGCACAAUUGAUAAGCCUUUGGUUCGGUGCACCUUACCAAUCCGUGACUUGGCGAUCUCUAAAGACGAGGAAUGGGUCGCUGUUGCUAGCGACGAACUCACUGUCAAGAUCGUGAGCGUUAACGAUAUCACGGAAGUCAAAUAUUUACGGGAUCAGACAAAGGGAGUUAAACAUGUAACAUUUGACCCAAGUGGACGCUUCGUCACAGUUUCCUGUGCCGACGGCAUAAUAUAUAUCUAUUCAUUCACAGAGACAGAGCCUACCCUGCUACAUAAACUUGAUGGAGUGAUUCAACGCCUAGAAACGGACCAUGAAGCAACAUCAAGCGCAGUGUGGCAUCCAGAUGGAACUGCAUUCGCUGCAGUAGAGGCCACACGAGAUAUCACUGUAAUAUCAAGUAGGGAUUGGACGAAACAAAAAAAAUUCUCCGGUGGACAUAACGGGGAUAUCACCUGUCUCGCUUGGUCUCCCAAUGGAGCAUUGCUUGCAAGUGCUGGGGCCGACCGGAAGAUCCUCCUCUGGGAAACUAGGACCCAGAGAGUUAUUAAAUCCUAUGAUAUCCCGAAUGUUAUCAAUUUCCGUUGGCAUCCUACUCAGAACGCUGUUGCAUUUACUACCUCGGACGGUGAAUUGUUUAUUUACGAUGAUUUCGUACCAUCAGACCAUUAUUCGCUUCUAUCAAAAACUCUGGAGGUGGCGCCAUUACUCUCGAUUGGUUCACAUGAAGGAAUUACAAUCUCCCACAGACUGCAAAAAAACGAUAUCAGUCAUAACGCUGGAAGCAGACAGAGGGAAGACAGCCCCGACUCUCUCGACGAUAUACUAGGGCCAGCCGAUGAUUUCGUCGAAGAUGACGAUGGUGCUGGCUAUACCGAAAACAUCAAUGGACAUGGAAAGAGAACCAAUACGCAUAUGGAUGAUUUGUUAGGUCAUGACAUCAAACGGAGGUCAGCAGCUCCUUGGAAGACCAUUGCUCACGAGCCUUUUCAACCCGGCAGCACGCCCUGGAGAGGGAACAGAAGAUAUCUUGCUUUGAACCUCGUUGGAUUUGUAUGGACUGUUGACCAAGACACACACAAUACUGUAACCGUUGAGUUCUAUGAUCGAGAACGAUACCGUGACUUCCAUUUUACAGAUCCGUAUCUUUAUGACAAGGCUUGUUUAAACGAAAAGGGCACUUUGUUCUCAUGCCAACCCACAUCCAGCAGCCCAGCAACAGUGUUUUACCGGCCACAUGAAACUUGGACAACAAGAGCGGACUGGCGAACAGAACUCCCGCAAGGCGAGAAGAUUACAGCUAUUGCAUUAAGCAAUUCUUAUAUUACAGUAUGCACGUCCACGGACUAUGUUCGAAUUUACACUCUUUUCGGAACUCCGUAUCGGGUAUUUCGACAAAAGAGUCGGACGGUAACUUGCGCUGCAUGGCGCGACUACAUUAUGACCAUCGGUAAUGGCCCGUCUGGCAGUGACGGAGUCGCGCAAUUGAAGUACUCCAUUGAGAAUGUUCGACGCGACGAGAUUUGUCAGAAUGAAGACACUGUUGCAUUAGCAGGGGGCACAUGGCUGCAAAGUGUGUUUUUCUCGGACAAGGGCGACCCCUGCAUAUAUGACAGCUCAGGGGUUCUCCUUGUUUUACAACAUUGGCGCAAACCAGGGCAAGCACGUUGGGUCCCACUCCUUGAUACCAAGUUGCUUGAGCGUGUUGCCAGUGGCAGAAAGGAAGAAACCUAUUGGCCCGUUGCUGUUGCACAGGACGUAUUCCACUGCAUAAUCCUCAAGGGUGGAGAUAAGUACCCCUACUUCCCCCGACCGUUGCUCACUGAGUUCGACUUUCAAAUGCCCGUAUCUUCAAUUGAUCCGAAGGACAAGGGCAAUAAAGACGGAGACACAGAAAUGGACGAUGCUGAAGAGAUUGCCAGGAAUAAAAACAGGAAACUGCAGGAGUCUCUUGUCAGAACCAAUUUGGACUAUACUCUCUUGGAGGACUGUAUCGAAGCCUCCGAAAUUGGCGCAGCUGGAGACACAGAGCUGAGGAGGAAGGCUCUUGAUAUUGACAAGAUUCUCCUGCAGCUGCUUGAUAUCGAGUGCCGUGAAGGCGAAGAAAGGGGUAUGAAAGCCUUAGAGCUUGUCACGAUGUUCCGAGAUCGCUCUGGAGGGGUGUUAAAUGCUGCUAGCAAGGUUGCACAGCGUUACCGGAGGUCUAUCCUCGAUGACAAGAUCAGGGCGAUAGCAGAAAGAAGGCUGAUGGGCGAAGAUGAUGACGAUGACAUCACCGGAGAUAAUGACGAUAUAUAA